AUGGGAGACACUGCAAAGGCUAUCCAGGCGCUCAAGGAGUCGCGGCCCCCAGCAACAGACAACUUCACCUACCUCACUCUGAUCGAGCAGUUCCUCUCGCCAGAAAUCCUGCCCACCCUCAACGAGAUCCUGCAAGAUGCAAGUCUCACCUCGGAGAUCGGCUGGGACCUUGUCGACAAGCUGGCCCCCGUGCAGGGGUCGGAGCAGGUCCUCGAGACUGUCGCCCGCCUCGGCAACCCACGCGAGUGCAUCAUCAAGGUCCUCGAGGUCCUGGAGGCCUUGCAGGUGCCUGCAGAGAAGGAAACUCCUGAGGACCUGACCCUGGACGACGGCGACGAGGCCAAGGGGAAGCAACAGCCCAUCUCCAUAGAAGAGGCAAACCGCCGCUUCAUCACCCUGCUGGGCAUGCUCGCCAUCCUCCACAAGCGCAUCAAGACAAAGUACCCCUCGCGCUUCCUCGCCUCCAGCCUGCUCACCAUCUAUAAGACCUAUCAGCCCAACCAGGAGCAGACUGCCUCCAUCCUGAACCUCGUCCACUCCCUGUCCGGCCAGAGGGCACGCCCGCCCCUGCCUGAGAGGAAGUCCAGCGUCAAUGUUGCCAACCCGGACCAUGACGGUGACGCAUCCAAGAAUGCCCCGGAUCCCGAGGCCGACCAUGAGGGAGACUCAUCCGACGAGGAUGAGAUUCAGAGACGCCUGUUACUAUCCUUUACGAGUUGCGUGCUUGAGUCGUAUGUUGGUGCCAACGACAUGUCCUGGUCGAGGAGGCUACUGGAGUUCUACAACCCAGACAAGAUAGUCCCCGGUAGGAAAACAGCCACGCAAGCCUUUAGGGACGACCAGAAGCUGGCAAACAGGGACGCCAUGGUCGGAAAGCUGGUGGCACUCACACGGGAUCUUGGCCUAUCCAAGUGUCCCAGGUCCAUCAUUCAUGACAUCUGCAACGAGCCGGUCAACAGAACACCCCUGACAAACAUAGAAGAGGCGUCCAACGCAACGGACAUUGACCUCUCAACCGGCGGCAUGAUAUGUCUGAUGGCCUACUGGGUCUUCUCAUCAACCGUCUUCGAUGCCGACGCGCCUACGCCCGAGAUGCACCUUUUCCCAGACCACCUGACGCUCCUCGAGAACUUCCUAGGCGAGACGCCCCAGUCGCAGAUCCUAGAGCACCCCGCGACCAUUGAGGCGAUCCUGGUCGUCGGCCUCUGGCUCGAGGAGAACAAGCUCAUUUCCGCGGACGCCGCCAAGGACGAGCCCAACUUCAUGUCCUUCCACCACGCCCUUACUCUCUGCGCCGUCUUCCACCCGUCAAUACACGUGCGCAACGCCGCCGUCACGCUGGCGGGCCUGAUCCUGCACGACGACCCGGACGACGCGGACCGGCUCAAGAUCCUCGAGGACCUGCUGGAGAACGCGCCCUUCGCCUCGCUCAAGGCCUGCGCGCUGACGUGGCUGCGCGAGGAGCUCAUCAGCGCGCACAAGGCCUCCACCGAGGCCAAGGAGCGCGGCGGCAGUGCCAGUGGCAGUGCCAGCCAGCAAGGCAACGUCUUCGCGACAACGCAGUGCAUAGAGCAGCUGCAGUACGCCAUCUUCCCGAACCUGGUGUCGGCGCUCGAAAAGGCCGGCACGGAGGCGCUGCUCGAGUACUGGACCGAGAACUCGGCGUUCCUGAUCCAGGCGGCCAACUUCGCCUACUUCCUGUUUGCGUCUGACACAUGCAAGGAGGUUGUCCCCGGGGCCAUGGGCGCGGCGGUCGAGCAGCGGUACGUCGAGCCGCUUUUGGCCGCUGCAGGGAAGCUGGAGGAGCGGAUAAAGAACGACGGCGACGGCAACGACGACCAGGGCGGGCAGGCAUUGCUGCUGGAGCUGGAUAUCCUGCAGACGAGACUCAAGGGCCUGCCGCUCCAUUAG